AUGUGCUGUGUUUCUCUCUUACUCACCUCCAUUCUUGUUAGCCUCAGGGCGGUAUGCGGGAAUGUGCUCGAAAAAUCAUCGAAUGUCUUAUAUGACGGUCGAGCACCGUUGACGUUGACUGCAGACGAUUUGGAUAACUCGAAUGGGCCAUACUUAACGUGCGUGCCUUUUCCCGCACAAGACACUCAUGAUGCUCAUUUUGACUUUAGCGCUGUAAAAGGGCAGAACGAGUCUGCUUCCUAUUACACAAAGUUCCAACGCUUCGCUCUCCCCACUCCGCUGCACAAUCUUCCGUUUUCUUCAGAGCAAGUUCUCGCUAUUUCCAUCGACAACACCUCUGUUUUCGUGCCUGGAGGUGGGCCACCGCAGCUCGGAUUCAGGCGGACAGAGCUCAUCGCGCAGGUGAACAAGAGCUCCUCCCUGGCGGACAGUGUCAUGGAAAUUGGGACUACGACGUUUCAUUUCUCCAUCCAGGCAGAUAUCCUUCAUCCCCUCAACUACAAGCAUGAAUACCAAAUCGUGUUCAUUGAGCCAAGCGACGGGACACAUGUCUUUGGAGUCCAACUCGGUUCUCCGUUUACCAACCCCACGGGCCCUCUCCCCGCGCCAAACGCGCACUCCUUCAAGAUUCUGGACCAUGCCCUGAAUGUCCUCUUCUCCACACCCUUCCUCCCGCUUCACUGGCACAACUUUGCAAUCACCGUCGACUGGGACAACAGAACGCUUGCCGUUGCCUACUCUCUCGACGCCGCGCCGCUCAAGACCUUCAAACCCGCGACCCCGAAUCCGACAGUCGCGGCGGGUGUCUCUGGCGACUUCCAUUUCGGCGUCCUGAAGCUCCCAUUGGUCGACCCCAAGGAUACGCUUGCCAACCAGGGUGAUGUGGUGCACCAUGGGAUUCAGGAGGGAACAACGGAAGCGUUAUUGUAUUCUGGUGUUUUUGUGACAAAAGGCAAUAAGUAG